AAUCCCAGCGCACGGAUAAAAAACCGUUGUAACUCCAAGGUCACAUCAUCCAAUGAACCGAUUGAUAUGGCCUUAUUUCACAAAUACGUUUUGUCGAAAGCAGUCUCAGUACAGUCUAAAGUCAUUCCAUAGAUACUUUGUACCUGAUUCCUAUGCUUCGGUUGAUGUUUGGAAUGCUCGUCGGUCUGGUGAUAUUUUUGGAAACAUGUCAGCCCGUGAUCAUGGUUUAAAAAUACUGCAAAACAUUAACGCUGGCAAGACUGUGUCUCCACUGGACUAUGACAUAUUUGCCAAUAAACUGGAUGAACUCGAUGUAACUUUCCUAGAAUUUGUUGAAAAAAUCAUCAUGAGGUUUGAAGCUUGUUUUUCAGUCUACAUUUAAGCUACAUGAAUACUCAGGCUGCGGUAGAUAUAAGGGAUUCGACAUGUCAUGCGUUUAUCCGGAGUUAUUUAAAUUUUCAAGAAGCUGACAGGUUGUUAGGCUUAAUUGAAAAUAGGUCAAAAACAGGAAUAUUUGUGGAUUUUUCGUCUGCAGUUCUCAUGAUGGAUGUAUUUUUGCGGAAAGGUAAUUGGAAUUCUGCAGUUGCAGUUGCUUGGGAACUCUGCCUUCAGGAAUAUUUCAGUUCCGAGAAUAUUAGACCGAUUGUCCUCGCUACUUCUCUCUUGUCAUGCAUAAAAUCAAUAAAACAUGUUUCAUAUGUGGACCAAGAAUUUCAACCAGAGGAUGACAAAGAGAUUGAACACAAAUUUGUUCCUUACGUCAGGAACCCAAACUAUGAUAACUUUUUCGAUAUAAAGCGACCCAGGUUGAAAACUGGUUAUACGCUCUUGCAUUUGUCUCAUGCACUAGACAAGCGAUGUUCACUUUUUCAAGCCACUCCAGUGUGGAAUAGCCUGUCUAAAUGUGUGGAUAGUUUACGUCUUAUGACAAGGAUUUUUGGACUUGCUCUUUCUGAACAGUGCGACCAAUUAUUAGUUGAACUAAGAAGAGUUGAUGAUUCAACAAUCCAAUUAGGAGGAAUGGACUCUACAGUGGUGGAGAAGCUAAUAAACAUUGUAGACACUUGCGUAACGCGACCUGAUGACUCACCUCUAAAACGUGGAGAACCACAGCUUCCAAACGUAUCGGAUGUUAAAUCGGUUCAAGAUGAGCUUAUGCGCAUUCAGAGUGGAUCACUAUGUACCACACCAAACUUUUUCGAAAUGGUUGAAGAGUUUGUCUACAAUGGCGUAUAUAAUAACUCAGACUGUAUGAAGCAGGAAUUAGAGGCUGUCUCUAAUUUGUAUGCCAAAUUUAAUGAAGAACGGAGAAAAGAAUACACUGAAAACGUUAAGACUGAAAAACGUGUGAAAGUUGUUGAAAAAACUAAAGAGGCGUUAAGACAAAUCCUCGAUGAAGAGGAACAGAUAACAUAUUUCCGGGAUAAAAUGAAAAUAAUGAAAAAUGCAUGGUUGGCACCCCGAACACGUCAAGAAGCUCGUUGGUCAAGAUUGAAAGAGUGGAAAAGUGAAAUUACUGCGCAAAAACAAAAGCAAGAUGAAAAGUCGUCUCUUCAAUAAAUGUGAAAUUGUGUAUACAUAUACUUCUAAUAGUAAUUCGUUUAUGUACAAAAUUUAUUGAUGUACAUUAUAGUAGUUACCCAACACAAUUACUCUCAAAGUGUAAAUAUAUAGAUUUUUUGAUUGAAA